CAGCGUGUAACUUCUGCAAUGUUUUUUGACGUUUUCGAUUCGAUGUUUUUCUAAAAUUCUUUCAACGCAAACAUUUUGCAGUUUCCUUGCUUCUCGCGAGUUUUCCAGUUAAUUUUUACGGAAAUUACCCGUGUUAAACCUACCGGCCAGCAGCAAUGAAACCGCUGAUGUUACAGGGGCACGAACGUGCCAUCACCCAGAUCAAGUACAACCGGGAGGGUGAUCUGAUCUUCUCGACCGCCAAGGAUCAUAAACCCUCGGUUUGGUUUUCGCUGAACGGUGAACGUCUGGGAACGUACAAUGGUCACGUAGGUGCCGUUUGGUGCGUGGAUGUUGACUGGACCACUACCCGGCUGAUCACCGGCAGCGGUGACAUGUCCACCAAAUUGUGGGACGUCGAAACCGGUCGUACCUUGGGAACGAUUCAGUGUAAUUCAGCUUCCCGUACGGCUAACUUCAGCUACUCGGGUAAUCAGGCAUCUUACUCGACCGACAAAGCUAUGGGUCACAACUGCGAGCUGUUCAUCAUCGAUGUGCGCAAUGUGGAUUCGAGCAUUAGCGGUCAAAGUCCGGUUCUGAAGUUAACCAUGAACGCUGAACAGAGCAAGAUCACGUCCAUGAUGUGGGGUGCUUUGGAUGAAACAGUGAUCACUGGUCACGAUAACGGAUCGAUUCGUAUCUGGGAUCUGCGUGCCGGCAAGGAGCUGAACUCGGUCAACGAUCACACGCACGUUAUCAACGACAUGCAGCUGUCGCAAGAUGGCACUAUGAUGGUUUCCGCUUCGAAGGACACCACGGCUAAAUUGUUCGAUUCCGAUUCGUUGAUGUGCUUGAAGACGUACAAAACGGAACGACCGGUCAAUUCGGCCGCCAUUAGUCCGAUCCAUGAAUACGUCGUGCUGGGAGGUGGUCAGGAAGCUAUGGAGGUCACAACGACUUCGACCAAAGCUGGCAAGUUCGAUUCGCGUUUCUUCCAUCUUGUGUACGAGGAAGAGUUCGCUCGGGUCAAGGGUCAUUUCGGUCCGAUUAACAGUUUGGCUUUCCAUCCGGAUGGUAAGAGUUAUGCGACUGGUGGUGAGGAUGGUUUCGUGCGUGUUCAAGUAUUCGAUGCUUCUUACUAUGAGUUUGUAUUUGAGUAGAAGGGAAACGUUGACAGUGAAAGUGAGGUAAAAUAUAGACACUAAGCUUCUGAGGUGCGACUUCCAACAAGUUGACAUUACGAGAAAGAUUUGAAAACGACUAACGAAGGGAGAGAUUUAGUGAGUGGGGAAAAUGUAUGGUAUUUGGCGUUUUAUCUUCGUUUUGAAUAAACGCAGUGUACGCUGCCUUACAGAAGAA